UGAUUGCUCUUUUAAAUGAAUGACGUCACCCUAUGGUAUGUUAAUUUCUUAACUGUAUGCACUGCUAGCAUCACCCUAUCAUUUUCUUACUGUUAUCUAUGUGUAGGUUACAUCGGAGAAUUUGAGUACGUCGAUGAUCAUAGGUCCGGAAAGAUUGUUGUCGAACUGAAUGGAAGGCUAAACAAGUGUGGUGUCAUUAGUCCUUGCUUCGAUGUUGGAGUCAAGGAGAUUGAAGGAUGGACUGCUAGAUUGCUCCCUUCCCGACAGUUCGGGUACAUUGUGCUGACUACCUCAGCUGGUAUCAUGGACCAUGAAGAGGCUAGGAGAAAGAAUGUUGGUGGAAAAGUUCUUGGUUUCUUUUAUUGAGUCAUGUUGAAAAGGAUGAAAACUUUGGUUUUGCUGUUUGUUGGCUCGUUGUAACCGACCUUUUUCUGUUUUUCUCGUUACCAUCAAAUUUAGUAGAGAUUUUAUUGAAAAUUUUGAGACAAUUAUCAGAUUUUGUUGAAAAACUUGCUGGUGCUUAUUGCCUGUUGAGACAAUUGA